AUGCAAAAAUCUUCAUCACUUUUCAGACCGAACACAUUUCGUGAUAGCAAUGAGACCACAGCUAAGCACGACUUGAUGGAACCAUCAGCGCCGGUAGAAGAACGUAUGGAGUUGAAUUCUCCACCUCAAUGCUCCAUGGUUUGUCCGGUUGAAAUGGAUGAUCAAUCAUCACAUCAUAUUACUAAUCGAGGAUUUGAUCAAUUACAACGUGUCUUUAAAUCCGAUGAAGUCAAACAAAUUGUUCCUCUUAUGAAAUCAAUCCUUCGAGUUAAUAAUCACAAUGACAAUGAUGAAUCUAAUCAAGAACAAAUUGGACGUGAGGAAAUGAGUCAUAGUGAUAAUAUAGCUCUAGAAGCUUCUGGUUAUGAUCAAAGCCGACUGGCGGAUUUAAGUGCCGAUGAAGCUUUUGCUCUUCAACUUCAACAGGAAGAAUAUUCCAGAGAUAGUUUAGCAACAGCUCGACAUCCUUUCCUCCCAUUUCGAGUUGCACCUGACGAUGAAUCAGCAACAGCGAGCGCAUCGUCAUACGUUAUGGUUGAUGAACAUCCGAAUUUUCAAAAUGAUGAAGAAUUGGCAUCAUAUCUGCACAGACAAGAACAGGUUAUGGGACCACAACAUUAUCCAUACCCAGGAGCAUUCUUUGGUCCACGCCAACGAUCGAAUGAACAUUCUCAAUCCGGUGAAAAUGAUAAUGAACCUGUCGUACAUUCACCUUACCCAACAUUUCCAUUUCAACCUCAUUCUCACAAUGAAGAUGACAGUGAUGAAGAAGAUGCUUAUCCAAACAUGCGUCACCCAUUGUUUCAAUAUCUUCUUCAACGAAAUGGGCCUGUGCCUGAAGACAUUCCAGCGUUCUUUGCUAGUUACCCUCGACGAAGAUAUCGUCGUUCAGGCAACCUACAAGACACAGAAGAAGAUUUUGGUCCAGAAGAUUACGAACGAUUGCUUCGACUUGAUGAGACUGUUCAUAAGAAGAAGUUAACAAAGGAGCAAAUCAACUCCAUUCCAAUCGAGUCAUUUCAUCCUACAUCGAAUACAAAUACUGAUGAAGAAAAUAAAUGCGGAGUAUGUCUCGAUCUAUUCGAAACCAAUCAGACACUACGGCGUUUUCCGUGUCGGCAUGUCUAUCAUAAAGAAUGUGCUGAUCGUUGGUUACAGGAAAAUAAUGUAUGUCCAAUCUGUCGAGAACCACCAGUGAAAAUACAAUCAGCGCCAAAUUCUCGUCAUCAUCGGCCUACGAACUCGAAUCAUCAUCACAAUCACAAUCAGAACCAUAAUAAUCGGCGAUCAACGCAUACUAAUCGAAAUCCGACUUCUCGACCUAACACUAAUUUUGGUAAUUUGCGUCGAGGAAGUUCUCAACGACCAUCGUGA